CGGUCCCAGGAAAAGUUCAGUUUACUUUAGCAUUUCGUACGGGUCACAGAUCAGCUGGCAAUAGAAAUACGAAACAAAAUUCUCAGUGUUAACAAAAAAAAUUUGUGAAAAAAUACGCGCGUGACCAAAUUUUAGAGUUACGUGGCUCGGAGGUGACCAACAAACGUAUUAAUAUUAUAGAAACAUUAAUGCCUUCGUACAAGAACAUGUCUUUGGUGCGCGCUGGCCUGCGUAUGGUGCGCCAAAAUCGUUCUGGACAAUCUGUGAUACCGUCAUAUCGCCGCUAUGCGACAUCCUGCAAGAGUCCCAAGGGUGUUGUGGUUGGUGUUUAUACCAAGGAUGGCGAUAAGCCAUCGAAAACCACCGCAAAUGCAGUGACCUUGGAUGAUGCUCUGGGUGGCAAGCUGUUGACCCUGAUCCGUGAACGUGGAAUGGACGGCACUCCCGGAAAGGGUCUGCUCUUCAGUGGCUUCGAGGGUGAAUACCAGGCGGUUGCCGUUGUCGGUGUUGGCAAACAGGGAGCAGCCUACAAUGAAAACGAGGAACUGGACGAGGGUAUGGAGAAUGUGCGAGUGGCAGCGGGCACUGGAGCCCGAGCCCUGCAGCUCCAGGGCAUGUAUGAGGUGCAUGUGGAUUCCAUGGACUAUCCGGAGCAGGCGGCCGAGGGAGCCGCGCUGGCCGUAUGGCGUUAUAAUGCCAACAAGAGGAAGAAGAACCGCAUUCAGACCCCCAAGCUCGAUAUGUAUGGCAAGGGUGAUCGGGAUGCCUGGGUGCGUGGUCUGUUCAAGGCGGAAUCCCAGAAUUUGGCCAGACGUUUGUCCGACACGCCUGCCAACAUGAUGACGCCCUCGAUAUUCGCACAGGCCGCCGUGGAUGCCUUGUGCCCAUGCGGCGUUUCCGUGGAGGUGCGCUCCAUGGACUGGAUCGAGGAUAUGAACCUCAAUUCCUUCCUAAUGAUCGCCAAGGGUUCGUGCGAACCACCUCUAUUGCUGGAGUGCAGCUACUGCGGCACCACGCCCGAGGAUCGUCCCGUUCUGCUGCUCGGCCAGGGUCUGACCUUCCACAGUGGUGGCUUGUGCCUGAAGCCCAAGACGGGUAUGGACCAGUACCGCGGCGCCAUGGCCGGAGCUGCUGUUUGUGUGGGUGUUCUUCGUGCCGCCGCCGCCCUUUCGCUCCCGCUGAACAUCACGGCCGUGAUGCCGCUCUGCGAGCACAUGCCCUCUGGAAUGGCCGUCAAGUGCGGCGAUGUGGUGACCCUGCUCAAUGGCACCACAAUGGGCAUCAAGAAUGUGGACAAGGCACCGGUGGUGCAGCUGGCCGAUCCGCUACUCUAUGCCCAGGCCACGUACAAGCCCAAACUGGUCAUCGAUAUCGGAACUGUGGCCAUGGGUGUUAACUAUGCCGUUGGCGGCGGUGCCAGUGGCUUGUGGACCACCUCGAAGUCUGUGUGGCAGAACUUCCGCAAGUCCGGCGGUCUGACUGGCGAUCGCGUCUGGCGUUUCCCCCUGUUCAAGUACUACAAACAGAUCGUGAACAAGAAUAUCACCUAUGAUCUGUGCAACACCGGUCGAGGACCUGCCAGUUCCUGCCUGGCGGCUGCAAUCCUUCACACCCUGGUUCCGUGCGCUGAAUGGGCCCAUCUGGACAUCCGUGGCACCGGCAUGACCACCACAAUCAACCCCAGGCCCUACCUACUCAAGGACUCGAUGACCGGACGCCCGACGCGCACUGUUAUCCAGUUCAUGUACCAGAUGGCCUGCUCCGGCUAGUAGAGUCCAUGCCAUGUAGACACACCUUCCUUGUGGGCCUCCAUGUUGGCCCAUGUAUUCGAUAUUUGAUGCUUUGGUACAGUGUUUGCACAGAAAAAACAUUCUGGUCUGGAGAAGCCAUCCUCGUAAAGGUUCACUUUAAUAUCGUUGGCAAUAAAUUGUAUAAAUUAUGAGAAUUUCAAGUUGGAACCAAAUUGUAUUGAUGUUUUUGCAAAAAUUAGCUAUUAGACAUAUUAUAUAAAUGCAUAGUACCAAAUUUAAGCAAAAUUGUAAAUCUAUUCGCCGAUUAAAAGUAUUCAAUCAAGCAAA